AUGACUCGGCUCGCCCCACUAUCGCUUCUUCUAGUUCUUUGCUGCUUAUCAGGAUUCGCAGUUCAAAACACUGAGGCUUACUACUACUAUUAUCCAACCAGUUAUUACUACUACCCUUACACCUACAGUAGUUAUUAUGGAUACUACUAUCCCUACUACAGCUACUACGGAAAGAGAGAAGUCAACUGGAACGAUAGUCCUGAUAUGCAACGGAAAUCUCAAAAUGCUCAGGCUCCCCCCAUGUACGGGCAACAAGGUGCACAACCAAUGCCAGCUCAAUCUUACAAUGGUCAGCAGAACCAACAAGCACAAGACCCUCAAUAUAACAUUAUGCCAACAUAUCGCAAUCAGAAUUAA